AUGAAGGGGCCGGGGAAUGCUUAUGAAGACGCCCUGGGCCGGAACGCGCUCCACCUCGCCGCGGGGAAGGGCCACCUCGAGGUCUGCAGGUUCCUGGUGGAGGAAUCGGGGCUCGAUGUCAACUCCACCGCCUCAGGGAUUGUAGGUGGAACGCUGGUUCACUUGGCCGCGGUCGGAGGACACGAGAGAGUUCUGGAGUACCUGCUCGACCGUGACGUCGACCCAGGGGUGCCUGACGCCAACGGCUCCACGCCGCUGCACCACGCGGCAGAGCAAGGGCACUGCGAGGCUGUAAGGCUGCUGCUGUCCAAGGGUGUUGAUGUGGAUCCAGUCAAUCACUUGGGGACAUCACUGCACCUAGCUGCCGCUAAGGAUAGGGAUCAGGUUGUCAAGAUCCUGCUGGAACAUGGUGCUGAUCCUAAUAAAGUUGUCAAUCAUGUCUACUCACCGCUCAUGAUGGCAUGCUGUGGGCAUUCCUUGAAAUGCAUGCAGCUACUGGUUCAGGCUGGUGCUGGUGUGAACUUUAUAAGUCCCUCUGGACCAUCCAUUUUAAUGGAGGCAGUUGAUAAUGGCUUAACUGACAUUGUCAAGUUCUUGCUAGAGGCUGGAGUUGAUCCUAACAUUGCCGAUGAGGGUGGGAAAAUCCCAAUCAUGAGUGCAGCAGUUCAAGGGCAUCGUGAGCUUGUUGAAAUUCUGCUUCCUAAGACAAGACCAAUUCCAUAUGUGCCAGACUGGAGCGUUGAUGGGAUAAUUAGAAGUAUGAAAUAUCUGCGUUUUGUGGUUCAGGAUGCAGGUCUGGUGGGUAAAAGGAUAGCAGAUGCCAAGUCACGAGGAAAGGAGGCUUUUGCAAAAGGGGAGUACUUUGCAGCCAUUUACUUCUAUGGCCUGGCAUUGGAUAAAGAUCCACGUGAUGCCACCUUGUUAGCCAACCGGAGCUUAUGCCAUCUGCGGCUGGGAAAAGGGGACCAAGCGCUGUUAGAUGCUCGGAAAUGCAAAAUGAUGAGUCCUCAUUGGUCCAAGGCAUGGUACCGUGAGGGCAAGGCAUGGUACCGUGAGGGUGCCGCUCUCAGCUUGCUGAAGGACUACAAAGGAGCGGCCGAUGCGUUUUUGCAAGCACUGAAACUUGACCCUGCGAGCGACGAGAUCAAGAAGGCGCUAAGGGAGACCAUUGAUGCAUGAAGAGCGCUGCUGCUCGCAACAAUAAUUAAUGAUCCUCCAAGGCACUCAUUGGGGCUUUAUAGAUUGUGUAGCUCCAACUAAGCCAGUGCAUAGACUCUGGACGUAGCGAUAUGUAGAUUGCGUGUUGGCUCUUUUGUGACUAAGGCCCUGUUCGCUGUGCUGGUGCUGGAGGCUGCUGCUGGAGUGGUGUGAGAGAAAAACGUUGUUGGCUGGCUGGUGGCUGGAGGCUGCUGCUGGAGUGGUGUGAGAGGAAAACACUGCUGGCUGGCUGGAGGCUGCUGGAGCAGAAUAGGGUGUAAGAUGUAAAGGUGUUUUGUGCCGGCAGGAAAGCAU